GGCCGGCCCGCCCGAGCCGGGGCCCGCGUCCCGCCCUCUCAGCGCCGUUUCCAGCCGGCGGCGUUUGGCCGGUGCACGGCGGCGGGAGGCGGGAGCUCUGCAAAAAGGCGGCGGGAGCGGCUCCAGGCGCCGUAAUGUCAGUUAAGAGAGCAUUAAAUUUGGACACAAAAGAUAUUCCAUCUGAGGAAACACCUUUGAAGACCAGAAAGGAAAAUUUAAAGUCUUACUCACCGACAACAGGAACAUGCCAAAUGAGUCCGUUUUCAUCUCCCGUGAGUCAUAAUGCACAAAAUCUCAGAAAUCACUCAUCAAAUGAAGAUGCAGCUGAGGAGAAGGAUUCAGAAAGCAUAUUAUCCAGAAGAGGGCAGCCUCAAACAGAGGAGGAUGCGUUCAUGGAAUUGCACUCCAAAGUGAAAAGUUCAUUGGUCAGAAUUCUGAAAAUAAGAGCAAAUCUGACAAGCCUACAGGCUUUAGAGGGCAGUAAAGAGCUUGAAAAUAUUCCUGGUGUCUCUGACUCGUCUUGCGACUUGAGGGCUGAACUGCAGAAAACCCAAGAGCUAAUGAGUCAAGCAGAAGAACUGCAGCUGUUGAAAAGAAAUGAUGGAAAACUUCCUGCCCGAGUGUACAUCCAGACUGGUGGGAGUGCUGCCUUCCUGAUGUCGCUCCUUGACUGAGGCAUUAUGUGGAAAAUGCAUUCCACAUCUACCCAGAGUUCUACAUCUGCUUGAGUGGACUUAAAAGGAGAGAAGAAAUGACUGUAAACCUAUCUCCCCAGCAAAUACCAGUUCGGGAUGGCUCGUUGCGCUGGGCAGGUGCACAUCUAGAUAAAAUUUCUGGCAUCUAUUUAAACUUAACAAUGUGCACAAGCAGAUAAUCUCAAGGCAAAUAAUACAGCGUGGGGGCUUUAGGCAAGCGCGUGGACAAACUGCUGAUUUAGGUUUGCUGCUGCAGGGAAAAUAAUCUGCAUUUUCUGGACGUUCUCACUGCAAAUAUGUAAUUAUGCUGCCUUGUGGGUUUUAAAAAUUAAUUAAAAAAAGAGAAAUAUAACCCUCCUCUCCAGAAGAAACUGAGCUAAAAGGUGAACUUUGGAUGCCCAGCCCCCAGUGGGAAAUGGUUCCUUCCUGCCUGGGGGUACACGCUCAUUUAAUCAAUUCACCAUCCCCCAAAAAGUAAGCGGUUUACAAACAGUGUCUCUGUUUGUGGCUGCCACCACUGGGGACCUAUUUGUCACCUGUGAAGCUGUUUCCUCUAAAGUCACCCCAAAACACAGUCUAUGCAGCCAUCGGCUUCAAGCCCACGGUGUUAAAACACAGGGCUCUAAUAACAUUUGCUUUUUAGGUCAAUAGUUUAGUUUACUUUUGGUAUUUAAUGAUAUAUGGGGCGAGCUGUUAUUAAAGCACUUUCUUCUCUUGUUCAAUACCUUCAAAACCACCUGAAAUACCCUCGUCUCAAAUUGGUGCCCAAGCUCCAGCCUCUCUCAGAUUGAAAAAGGCCCAUACAAUGAUUUAAUUUUUUUUCUAGGAAGUUUAACAUAAACACACACCACACCUCAACGGCCUUUCUACCACUGCAAGGCACUGUUAAACAGAUAAACUGAUUUUUACAACUAAAAUUUUGGGAACCAAAAUGAUAAGUGUGUUCCAGUUUGUGGUUAAACAUGUACACGCUAUGCUUUGGGAACUUUUAAUUAAUAAAAAUGUUUUUUCCACUUCAA